AUGGCGGCUCCCAACUUCCACGACCUCGAGAUCCCGGCCUACGUGCUGGGUGCCGUGACUGCCGGUGGCGGUAUCAUGGGGUAUGCGCGGACGCGGUCCGUUCCAUCCAUUGUCGCAGGCUGUGCCGUUGGUCUCUUGUACGCCCUUGGCGGCUACCGUAUCCAGAACGAGCAGUCCUACGGUGUUGAGCUGGGCCUCCUGGCCUCGAUUGUUCUCGGGGGCUCUGCGUUUCCCCGAGCCAUCCGUCUGAGGAAGCCGGUUCCCAUCCUCCUCAGCAUCAUCUCGGCAUUUGGCCUGUUCACUUUCGGUACUGCUCUGCGAAGGAAAGCUUAG